UGACAACACAUCAUAAAUCGAGUUGACAUCUGUUCAAAACUCCCUUUCCGCCGCCGCGAUGCCCACAUAUUUCUCUUAGUUUACUCGGCCUAGCAUCUGUCUAGUACUCAGAUUAUCUUCAAUCUAUUCCAUGUUCAUUCCCGUAUCUCGCUCUUAGGAAAAAUGGGUUCCAAUGCGACAAGUUACAAGCAGAUGAAAGAGGAUUUCGUAUCCAACUUAACAGGAGGUUCAGUCACCGAGAUCAACAAUAUAGUUACCGUAGGACCUAUUGCAUUUGCCCUGUGGUCCAUUUUACAAUCGCGCCAGUCCUUUUUCAAACCGUACAAGCCCUUGAGCUUCCUAAUCGAUUUCCUCCUCAAUGUCAUAGCCGUAUUGCUUGCUAUCACGCUCUAUGCGAAUACAACAUUGCUACUUUGCGGUCUGAUUCUCGUCCCUGCCAUAUUUGUUUAUGCGCUCCCACCAAAUCCCGCUGUAUCGAGAAAAAAGCCCAAGCUCCCUCCUAAUGCGCAAACUCAGAAAUCAUCCGGCGCACUUGGCGUCCUAUCUACCAAGCCUUUCUUGACGACCUAUCGAGGGUCUAUGUUGGUCAUUACGUGUUUGGCGAUCCUGGCGGUAGACUUUAGGUUGUUUCCUCGCAGAUUUGCGAAGGUCGAGACCUGGGGCACCUCGUUGAUGGAUGUGGGUGUUGGUUCAUUUGUCUACUCCGCCGGCAUAGUCGCCGCGCGACCGGUUCUGAAGGAGAGAGCUGAGAGCCGGGGGGCGCCGUUGCUGCACAGACUCCUGUACUCGAUGCGACAUUCGCUUCCUUUGCUAAUCCUCGGAAUCAUUCGCCUCAUUAGCGUCAAAGGUCUUGACUACGCAGAGCAUGUGACCGAAUACGGUGUUCAUUGGAAUUUUUUCUUCACCUUGGGUUUCCUUCCCCCUUUCGUCGCGCUUUUCCAGUCAGCCCUGAAGAUUAUCCCGUCUUACGCAGCACUGGCGAUCAUACUUGGGGUUAUUUACCAAGUUGUACUUGAAAGCACCAAUUUGAAAGCCUUCAUCCUCAUCGCGCCACGAACCGACCUCUUUUCCAUGAACAGAGAAGGUAUUUGCAGCUUCUGCGGAUACCUCGCUAUCUUUUUAGCCGGUCAGGACACCGGCAUGUUUGUGCUGCCUAGGAGUAUCAACCCGCGCAGUGGAACUAGCAACAGUGCCCAACGAACCACCCUUCUCCUAACCAUGGCUGUGUGGACUUCUAUUUGGACAAUCCUAUAUUUCUUCACUACGAAUUACUCCUACGGUUUGGGAUUAGAUGUGUCUCGUCGACUAGCUAAUUUGCCGUACAUUCUAUGGAUCGCAGCGUUUAACUCAGCGCAAUUAUUUGCAUGCUGCGCUAUCGAGAGUGUGUUCUUCCCGUCAUUCCAUAAUGCUACGGAUAUCAAGACAGAACGUGAAGCCUACGAGACGGCCACAAGUAAAGUUCUGCGAUCAUUUAAUAGGAAUGGGUUGGCCAUUUUCCUAGUAGCAAAUCUAUUAACAGGGUUAGUCAAUAUGACCGUACCUACAUUAGAUGUUGGACCAGCUGUCACGAUGGGAAUAUUGGUAGGAUAUGGCGCCGUAUUAACGGCACUUGCUGUCGCGUUAGAUACGUGGAAUGUAUCCAUUAAAUUGUGAGUCAGGAAUAUAUCAAUCGACGAACCCCCCUAGAGCUAUAUAUAUUCGAAUAUAGGUAGGUAGUUCAUUGAAUACGUUCUAUGCUGUACGAUGUCUUCAGAACAUCACCAAAUUUGUGUCGUAGCUUUACGAUUAGCACAGAUACAAAUCUUUGUAUUUGGAGCUAUUAAGCAAGACACAGCAGGUGAAAUUCCAAAUAAUAUUGACA